UCCCAGAUUUUGGAAAUUUCGGAAAAGCAGGAAAAAAUUCCUUUCUUUCCUGCCACGUCUGAGAUCCCGAUUCGGUCCCAGCCUUUACUUCCUCUGGAGGCUCAGUUAAAAGAAAGAAACAAACAGCUACUGGGAGAGACGAUUGAAUUAAUUAACGGUUUGCCAUGUGGUCCAGACUCACCUUUUGCCUCAUAGUGUGUCUUCAUGUUCUCCUGCUGCAGAGCAGCAUCACUAACUCAUCAAAGAGCACCGGUGCUGCACCCAAACCCUCUUUUCCUAGUCUCCUAAAUGACCCGAGCUGGGCUCUGGGUGUGCGCCUGUACCGGGUCCUACGCUCUGAUGCCAGCUCUGUAAACACUCUGUUCUCCCCUCUUCUCUUAGCCUCCUCACUUGAAGUGCUGGCUGAAGGCUCAGUGGGCAAAACUGCCAGCCAGAUUCAAGAUCUUUUUAAGUCGCCAUCCAAAGCCAAAGGAAAGAUUGGGGACCUUCUCUCUGUGGCAUUGAAAAGCUUUGUUGAAGCUAAUGGCACCAGCUUCCAGACGCACACAUCUUCUGGUUUGUUCACCAAGCAGACUCCUGCCUUCAGUCAGGCUUUUACGAAGGUGAGCCAGAGCAGGUUAGGGCUGCAACACCACAUGCUGGGGAAAGGGGACUCCAAGGCGGACCUGAAGCAGCUUCAUGAUUGGUUUAAGGCUGCGCUCAGUGGAAAGGAGGGGGCUCCAUUCGACGUGGAAAUCAAGGCUAAAGCUGGAGCCAUGAUCCUGGCAGAUACUAUUCACUUCAAAGGGCUGUGGCAGAGAGAUUUGAGCGAGGAGAGCACUGAUCGCCGCACAUUCUUGGGAAAAAAAUACACUAAAGUGAUCAUGAUGCACAGAGAAGGUCUGUACCGCUUCCAUGAAGAUGUUGACAACAUGGUGCAGGUUCUAGAGGCACCUCUGUGGGGAGGUAAAGCCAGCCUUGUGCUCCUGCUCCCCUUUCAUGUGGAAAAUCUGGCAAGGCUGGACAAGUUGCUGACCCCAGAGCUGCUGUCAAAGUGGUUGGAGAGGACAGCCAAUACCACUGUGGCUGUUUCACUGCCAAAGGCGAACAUCAGCAGCGCACUCAGUCUGCAGAAACAGCUGUCUGCUCUGGGUUUGACCGACGCCUUGGACCAGAAGGUAGCUGACUUCUCUGGGGUGUCCGACAAGGGCAAAGGGAAGCUUCACCUUGGUGGCAUCCUCCACUGGGCUUCCUUGGAGCUGGGUCCCAAGGCUGGAAAAGAGGAAGCAAACCUCGAAGAUGAGAAGAUAGAGAAACCCAAGCUGUUCUACGCCGACCAUCCGUUUAUCAUCUUUGUCAGAGACAACACCACUGGAGCCCUGCUGCUGAUGGGCGCUCUAGACCACGCCGAAGGAGAGCUCUUACAUGAUGAAUUAUAGCGUUUCUUCUCACUUCCUGUCUUUUUUCAUUUUUUCCAAGUCCCUCUCCCAGACAGCUUGCUAGUCUCUGAGUGCAGACAUUGUCAUUUACUGUGGCACUCUUUCACAUCACACUGUCAUACGCUGACACCACCAUAGUCUUCUGGCUGAGUGACACUGACACCCUCAUAUUGGACAUUUACAGUGUCAGACCCAGAGCUACACCUACACUGCAUGUAUAAAUGAUAACUCUGUACAAGACAUUACUGAAGUCGACGGAUACAACAUAAAUCUUCCAACUCAGAGGAAAUUAAAGGCUUUUCCUUCCACUAAAAGAAACUUUUAGAGACUCAUCAAAUCAUCAAAAAUGACAAACAAGGCUGUUGUGGCAAAGAUCCACCAUCUUGACAUGCAGAGGAGUGGUUACAGACAUGAUUCUUUCGACCAAUACAACACCAAGACAGUAGCAAUGUUGUCACUCUCUCCUGAUGUCCUCUGAGGGUCAUCACUGGAAGAAUGAUGGCUUCCUCUACUGUUUAUUGUUGAGUCAGCUUAAUGUUAAGGAUUGUAUUGCAUUACAGCUCGUCAACAAAACAUGAAGAGAAAGGCCAAACAUUUUAAUCUCCUAAAGCCAUCACAGAUCCUUGAUGCCAUUACAUCACUGGAAACAAACUUGAAGGACAUCACCUGAUUUACAUGUAAAAGCCUACAUUUUUAUGUUUUCCAGAAGUAAAUGUGUUAUUGAUUGUUACAUUUUUUUUAAAUCUAAAAUCAAUAAUCCUGUUGUUGUUUUAUUCUGUUAGGUUGUUAAAAACAUCUUAUUGACUUUGUACUCAGAAGUAAGACUCCUUUGUUUCAAUUUGGGGAAAAAAUACAAUUGUCUAUGAUGUUGGAAUUUGAAAGUUGAAAGCUACUGAUCCACUCUGAAUUCACUUUUCAGGGUGCCUUGGAUGCAUAAGAAACAUGGCUUCAGUUGCAGAAAUAUAUCUGCAAUUCUGACAGGUUUUAAUAUAUUGACACAUCAAUCGGAAUUUUGGAUUGGUUUGACACCUUUUGUAAACUUAGACCUAUUUAUAUCUAUUCUAGCCAGUUCUGGCUUCUCUCUCAGUAGCAUUAUUUAAGAAAGAAAAGCAUUUUUAUUUUUAGUCUCCCUGCUGUGAGUGCUUUUUUAUUAUUUAUAUUUGGAACAGAUGCAACAUCAUGCGCUGUGUAAGUGAACAGUUGCUAUAGACCAGUCCUUUUUUAUUAUUUUACACCAAAAGAGAAGCAACAUUGAGAUUUAAAAUUGUCCAAACAUACUUUAUAUUUAAGCAAAAAAAAAAUUCAGCUAGCAUUACUGGAACCAUUGUCUCCGUUUUACUUUCUGGAUCCUUCAAAUCCUCCAACUUAAAUUUCUUCCAUGAUAGAUAAAGGCUAAAAAUUAAAAAAAUAGAUAAAAGCGAAUAUCAAGCCUUCCUGUUAUCAGCAUAUGUCUUUCUAUUAAGGCCUACAUGAACCACAGACAUGUACCAAUAUGUUCUUCCCUACCUGCUAUUUAUACAAAGCCUGCUUAGCCAUGCCACAGAAAGAACUCCACAGUAAUUAUGCAACUACUCGGUCAAUUAGUUUUUACAGCAUCCAUAUGGCAGGCACCACAAACCCCUGAAAUUAGACCAAAGUUUAUUUUUGCUGGAAUCUGCAGCAAGUUUUGAGACAAAGAUGGUUAUUUUCAGAAUAAUUUAAUUAAGAAAGAAUGGAUUUCACAAAGGCUUCAUUCAAUUAAGAAAUACUAUGUAGAAUAAAACUGAAAAUAUUGGAUACAAAAAAGUGCAAAACACAUUUCAGGUCUGUUACCUACAGAAUUAAUUAUUUUGGUUUCCAUUUUAGAUUUAUCACAGGUGGAUUUUAUCCUACAGUCUUGCAUUUCCUGCACAUGAUUCAUGGUAGGGAUACUCCAUGGAUUGGCAAUAAUAUAAGUGUCUGCCAAUAUUCGUAACUUUUAAGAAUAUUGGUAAUCGUUUUGGGUCGACAUUAAAAACAGAUAUUUGUUUUCCAUGUAGUUAUUGUUUUGGUUUUUUUUAAGAAGGGGUGGGUCUUUUUUGAUGAUAUGACAGAAUAAGGGAUGCAGCUCAGGGUUGUAGACGUUCCCAGAAGUAGAGAGGCAAUAUCAGCACUAGGGAUGGAACGGUUCACAAAAUCCACGGUUCGGUCCGGUUCACGGUUUCGUGGUCACGGUUUUCGGUUCCAUAUAUGUUGAUUGUUAGGAAAAUCUAUUAUGUCUUGUAUAGUACAACAUGCAUUGCACAAUGCUUGCAGACUGUUGCACUUUUAUCCACAACUUUCUUUCCGUGGUCAUUGCAGGUCACUCUAAAUGCAAAAUGCUGCUAGCGUGUCUUCCAACUCCUGUUCCUUACCACUCGCCAUACCCACACAGUUCUCCACAACAACAGAUUUUUUUCUGCUACACCCGGCGACGCUGCUUCCCUUCUUCUUCUGGUUUAUCUACUGGUGGUUGGCUUUGGUCGCAGUACCGCCACCUUCUGCUCUGGAGUGUAUACGCUUCGCCUAUUCGAAAAAGGAGCAGCGCAUGAACCAAUCGCAACACACGCGAACCGAGACAGUCAAACCGAACGGUUCGGACGGUUUUCAUAAAUUGUUCCAUCCCUAAUCAGCACUGUGGUUGGUUUUUCAUAGUGUCCAAAGGGUCGAAAAAUAUUUAAUACCAUUAAAUAUCAGUUAUAAUCCAUAACUAUAGACUUAACUUAUAUCGAUACCGAGAUUUUCAUAUUGGUCUAUCUGUACUUCAUGGAAUAUCCCAAGUUUUGUAGGGGAGCAGAUUAGGGCACGUCCAGUUUAAAUGGUAACUGGAGCAAAAGCAGAGAAAGGGCUUUUCUAUAUGAUAGAAAAGAUGAAAAAAAAACAGAAGGACUUUAUAAGCAGCAGAUACAUAUUCACUGCAUUGCACUUGUAAAACUGGGCUGUUGUAAGCAAGAAAACUAGAGGAUCUUCAGUAUACACAACCGGACAAAGUUGUGAACAUAAAACAGAAAAAAAUACAUCAGUAAAUACUCAGACGUAAUAAAUAAACUGGUGCUAAAAUGCAAUUCAGGUCUUUCACGAUGGUUGUGAAGCUCAGAGGGUGCACUUAAAGUGUAAUCCACAAAACAUGCUCUUACUCCUCUGCAUGAAUAUUAACCCUCUGAAAUAGUUGGUAAUCUUUGUGCAUUUUCACUAAAGUCAGCGAGUUCUCUUCGUGGUCAAACACAACAAAAAUCUGUUUUCAUGUACUUCAGGCUGGUUCUUUCCCCUGACCAGUCUCAAUAUUGUACCAGCAGCAAGGUAAAAUUGGAGAGUCCCGCUCAGCAUCUCUAUCAGCAGACUGACCCCCAGUUGUGUCACUUCUAUGAUUCUCCUCUAAAAGCCAAGUGCUGCGCUGUAAUAGGGAUGACUGUACUCUUAGUGCUCUUCCAGCUGUCUCAGUUCUCUUAUUUCCCCAAUCACUUGCCCUGACCAUGGAGUGAACCCAUCACACAGGGCAAGGAAUAAGACAGGAAGUUCACAUCCAUGUUUUUUUGCAUCAUAUUUUAUUUAAAAACAGCGAUUAAAGAUUAAAAUAUG